UUUAGUUUUUUUAAGGAUGACCUGUCUGGAAAGACGACUUUAAAAUGAAUGUACACUUAGGGAGAAUAAAACCUGAAGGUGGCAGUAAUGCAACAUGGUGGAUGCCAACUGCCGUAAAACGUCGAAGAAGAAGUAGUUGGACGGAUUCGGAAGCGAGUUAGUAAAUAGAUGGUUGAGCUCUUCUGUGAUUAAAACUUUCAAAUACUAGUUUAGAAAGCACUAGACAUCACCUUCAGCAUAGUAACAUCUAGCUAAGUUAGCAGCUCAAGAGUUACUGACGUAAAGACGUAACAGGCUGAAAGCUAGUUAACCGUUUGUUAAAUAGCGAGCAGCUGUUAGAGGCCAAGGACAACAAGCCAGUAUGGACGCCUGGGUUCGGUUUAACGGCCAGAGCCAAGCCAAGGAGAGAGUUAUUAGGGCUGCUCAGUACGCAUGCGCCCUGCUGGGCUACACUCUGCAGAAGGGCGGGGCAGCGGCGGAACUUCACAGAACCGUCAGUCAGCUGGAAGCACACAUGAGCCUGACAAGAAAGUUGCUGCGUCUGGGGAACUCUGUGGAGGCGCUGCAGGCUGCCAAGAGGACCAUCCACCUCUCUGACAGCGUGCUGAGGCUCUGCCUGACCAUCGGCCACCUCAACAGAGCCAUGUACUUUGCCUGUGACAACGUCCUGUGGGCUGGAAAAACAGGCCUCAUCUCCAAACUGGACACGCACAAAUGGAGUCAGAGAUCUUUCAGGUACUACCUCUUCGCUCUGAUCCUCAACCUGACUCGAGAUGUGUACGAGCUCCGCCUCCUCAUUGAGUGUGAAGAGCGUUACAGAGCUUCCAAAUCCCCACCCUCACCGUACCCCAGCACCACGCUGCCUGCUGACCAAUUGUCCUCACCUGCCGCUCCGGCCACCGUCGCCCUGCCCGUCAUGUCGGCGAGGCUCCGCAGACAGCUCCACCUGCUGGUGGCGGUGCUGUACAGCAACCCGCCGCUGCUGUUGGACCUGCUGAAGAACAGUUGUGAUAUCUUCAUCCCACUGGCGCUGGGGAUUUACCCCACAGGGCCAGGCUUUGUCGGGGCCUGUGGCCUGGCCUCCUCUGUCCUCUCCAUCCUCACCAUGGUCCACCCCUGGCUCAAACUCAAGCCAUGAACCUAGAUACACAUUGGAGGGGUCCACAAGGAGGACUGAGUUCAGAAUCUACCAGGGUUAACACACUGAUGAUUUUGUGAAGUCAGCAGUUGCUGGUGUACUGUGGCAGGAGGAGAUUCUUUUAUUGUGCAUCGCAUACUGCUUAACACCUCAGCUGAUUACUCACCUGUGACCCAGGUCCACACAGUGCUGAAGCGUAGCGAUGCUGCACAGAGCCCACUGUUGUCCUCAUUGUCUCACACUAGCCAGUGUUAAGUAAAUAUAAAGCUAGCCCUCAUCCACGACUGUCAUUCUACAUAUCAGUCCUGCAGCCAUAUCUCCCAAUACGCGGCUUAAAACUAUUCCUCACAGGAAGAAUGUUGCAAGUACAAACUCACCAGAUGGUAGGCAGUCUUCUUCGUGACCUAUAAGGUGGGGAAAAAACAAACUUAAUUUACCGUGAUAUAGAAGGGCCCCUUCCAGUAAAGUCAGUACACUGAGCAAGGAUUCCACAUACUUUGUAUUGUGUCACAGCACAGGUAGCACUGGUAAAGUGAUUUGUUGUUAGGUCUAAGGGAUUCAAUUACCACUAAGCUGUACUAGCUAAUAACAGGCCACAACAUACACUGACUGCCUUUAUUUCCAACAACAAGAAAGGAUGCUGGCCUGGCCUGAAUCCCGGUGAGCUCGGCUAGCUUUCCACAGUGUCGACUCACUCAACUCGGCGGUUGGGCCAGCCCGGUCCUCUUUCACGUCGCCAACCGUGCACUGAGCUCGGUGUUGGUUUCAGUUCAUUUAGGUUAACAAAUCACGCAGACAGACACUAAACCAAAAUACUUCAGGGAUGAGGGUUCAAUGUCUAUCAAUCUUCACAAAAACAGUUACUGGCUAUCAGUAGCACGCAACACUCCACUGUCCUUCCUUGGUGUCUUCAUUCUGACAGGCUCAUAUUAGAUAAGACCCGCCAUCUUGACACCCAAUCAAAAUGACAACCAUGACGUUUGAUUUCAAGUCCAAAUAAAUCAGGGUUUUUGUUAAUUUGCACCUGCCUGACAGUGUUUACACCCAGCAAGUUUGUAUUUUCAACAUUCUUCCAGUAUUACAUUUUUUUGAGCCACUAAGUGACUGAACUGUCCUGUGAGAUAAGAGAUGCAGGAACAUGAUAUUGCAUUGAAAAAGAAACUCCACACCAAAUCUUGUAAGGAGGAAAGCAUUGCUGACCUGAUCUGUUUUUUUUUUUUUUUUUUUUUUUUAAAGGGCUGUAAGAUUCAGGGCUGCUGCACUUGUGACACCACCCGCUGUGACGGAGGGUUGCACUGUAGAAGUUUGCACUAUACCCUCUCAGUUUGUCCAGUAAGAGUCAAAGGAAUUGUGGAGUGACCUUUAGUCUCCAAACGUUAGCACAGUACAGGGUAUGCAGGUUUUCCUUUCUUAAAUUACAGUACUAGUACUACUACUAAAAACUUGAAAUAAAUUCUCCACUGUUAUCAUGAAGGUGCAUACCUAGGCCUGAUUGUUACUGACAGGACAUACCUUUGUUGAGUCUGAGGCUUGAUUGUAAUAGUCUUUAUUUUUCAAGAUGUUCGUUUGCCUCCUGACAUCACAGUUCACCCCGAUUCAUAGUAGCUUAUUAUCGUUGGGCCACCAUAUUGACUUGUCAAUAUCUGCUUUCAUUUUGGCACAAAUAACAAGACUCAAACUAGCAAAACAAAAGGUUUAAUUCAGCAUGUUACUGUUACAAAGAGGAAGUAAAAACAUAAUGACAAAUGA